GCUGGUCAUGACUGAGGGUGUUCAACCGCAUGAUUUACAUGAGUUUCACACAGUCUAGAUACUGGCUUGCAAAUGUGAGGAGUGCAAAUUUUAUAACAGAUGUUUAACCAAAUGUCUGCAGAUGGCUGGCACUGCAUAUCUUAAUACUUCCAUUAAUCCUGCAUGUUAAGAAAUUACAUGCAAAGCUUAUGUAAAUUCUAUUGAAAUGUAUAGUAGGUGUACUACAGGCUGAAACAGAGUUUUGACCUUACAUCAAGUGCUGUGGUUUCGUAGUGGACAUUUCUUCAGCUAUGGGCUGUAAAAACUGCUGUAAUGCUUGCCUCCAGUGUCUCUUUGGCUAUGAAACCAAUGUAAUGCUGGUUAUUAAUAACAAAGGUGUUGGAGCCCUCUUCAGACUGAUCCAGUUUUUGAUCAUUGCCUAUGUUGCUGUAUAUGUCUGCUGGAUUCAGCGCGCUUACCAGGACACCGACUCCGUGAUCAGCUCGGUCAGCACAAAGGUGAAAGGAAAUAUUUUGACCAAUUCACCCAUUGAGGGGGUUCAUGUUUGGGACGUACCUGAAUAUGUUAUCCCACCCCAGGGAGAAAACACUUUCUUUGUGUUAACAAAUGUGAUUCUGACUCCAGGCCAGAGACAGAGCAAGUGUCCUGAGACUCCGAGUGAAGUCACUAAGUGUGAAUCUGACAGUGAUUGCAAAGAAGGAUACAGUGAUGUCCAUGGCAAUGGUGUUCAGACUGGACAUUGUGUGCAGUACUCUGAUAAGAUCAAAACCUGUGAGGUGCAGGCAUGGUGUCCUCUUGAAAAUGACGCCAAUAUUCCAAAACCUGCUGUUCUAAGUGCAGCAGAGGACUUUACAGUGCUCAUCAAAAACAACAUACAAUAUCCAAAGUUCAAAUUUAAAAAGCGAAACAUUCUGCCUCACAUCAACUCCACAUACUUAAAAAGCUGCAUGUUUAAUCGUAAAACAGACCCAGACUGUCCUAUUUUUCGUCUGGGGGACAUGGUAACUGAAGCAGGAGAGGACUUCAGCGUCAUGGCUCUUAAAGGUGGCAUUAUUGGGAUUUUCAUUGAUUGGAAUUGUGACUUGGACUUCUCGGAACGUUUCUGCAUUCCCAAGUAUUCUUUUAGCAGACUGGACAACAAAAAUCCUGAAAAUAACGUUGCCCCUGGCUACAAUUUCCGAUUUGCAAAGUAUUAUAAAAACAAUGAAAGCAUUGACACACGGACAUUGAUAAAGGCCUUUGGAAUCCGCUUUGAUGUCAUUGUGUUUGGGAUGGCUGGUAAAUUCAAUAUUGUGCCCACUAUUGUCAAUCUUGGUGCCACUCUUGCCUUUCUCAGUUUGACGGCUGCUAUUUGUGACUGGGUCAUGCUUACUUGUAUGAAAGACCGUGACAACUAUGCCAAACAUAAAUUCAUUCACCUGAACCAAAAUGGUGACAGUAUGCCACUGGUAAGUAAGUUAGAAAAAUAUAUAAUAAUAAAAUUACACAAUAUUAUACUUAUAAAAAUGAUAUUAUUUUAUACUGUUAUAGAGCUCCAUGGAGACAAGCUCAUAUGGGACUCCAUGAUGGAGUGAACUGGACACUUUCACCGCAUUUAAAACCAGUAAAACACAAUAUAUUCUUGUAUAUAUCCUAUAUAUAGACUACUCAAAAUGUUUGGGGCUGGUAAGCUUGUUUAAAGAAGUCUCUUAGUCACCAUUCCUGCAUUUAUUUAAUAAUAAAAAAAAAAAUACAGUAAAUAUUAUCACAAUAUAAAAUAACUGUUUUCUACCAUACAUUUCAAAUCUAACUUUUUCCUAUGAUGGCAAAACUCACCACAAAAAAUGUAAUGGUAAUGUAUACUAACCCGUGUUUAUCCAUCACAUUUGAAUAUGAUAAUCAAUAUAUUAAUUAAUACAUUUUUAUUCAUUAGUUUGUGAGUGUAUCAGUGUUUAUUCACACUUAAAUUUAUUAGUAAAUCAGGUUGACUGUACAUGCUUUGACCUCUUCAUUUGUUUUUUAAACUCAAAAGCAUCUGUGUUAGGCAAAACAUACUUAACAGCAUUUUUGUAAUUAUUAUGAGACAUAAUUUGGUUGCUUUGCAGGUUAAAAUUGUAAAAAUCCCUCCUCAUAUUCUGUAUUAUUGAUUGUGAUUUAUAUCAUUCCCAUUUUGGCAUUGGCAUUGAGAUUGAAUGGUCAAUCAUAAACUGAAUAAAGUCUUAUCUAUUGAAGUCUUUCUGAGACGGUACGGCC